AUGCUACUGGGAGAAGUCUUUCUUGCUUCUUUUCUUCAGGUGUUGUUCGAUAGAUUGGCACCACGUAAGCUGUCGCUCCUUCCAUGUGAAGAUGGGAUACUUUCAGAGUUGAAGCAGUGGAAGAGAAAGUUCUUAAUGAUCCAGGCAGUUCUCAACUAUGCCGAGGAGAAGCAACUGAUGAACGAGGCUGUGAAAAUGCGGUUGGAAGAUCUUCAAGACUUGGCCUAUGAUGUGGAGGACAUCCUGGAUGCGUAUGCCACUCAGGUUCUAGAGCGGGAAUUGAUGACAGAACAAUCGACAAACAGAAUUGUUGAUUAUUUCUCUUCUUGGACUCCAAGUGCUCUGAUUUCCCAGGUUGAUAUGAAGUCCAAGAUAGAAGAGAUAGCUUGCCGUUUAGAAGAUCUCUGUGAAAAUAAGAAUUAUCUUGGGCUGAAAGAGAUUGCUGGAGGCUCAUCUACUGUUGCAUGGCAAAGACCACCUAGUACAUGUGUGCCAACUGAACCAACAGUUAUCGGAAGAGAUACUGAUAAAGCCAAGACACUUGAAAUGGUGUUAAGCAAUAAACAGAGUGGUGGCAGCUUUCAUGUAAUACCCAUUGUUGGCCUAGGAGGAGUUGGCAAAACAACACUUGCUCGGGAGGUGUACAACGACAAGGCAGUGGCGGAUUUCAAUCCAAAAGCAUGGGCAUGUGUUUCGGAUGAUUUUGAUGUUAUGGGAAUUUCCAAGGCAAUUCUUGAGUCAAUCACUUCAUCAUCUUGUAGUCUACAGAACUUAAAUGAAGUGCAGGUUCAGUUGAAAAACAAAGUAACUGGAAAAAAAUUCCUCCUUGUAUUAGAUGAUGUUUGGAGCAGAGAUUAUGGCUUGUGGGAAACACUUAAGUCUCCCUUCAUGGCUGGGGCACCUGGAAGUAGGAUAAUUGUGACGACACGCAGCGUUGAUGUAGCUUUAACAAUGGGACAGAGUGAAUAUUAUAAGUUGAAACUUCUUUCAAAUGAUGAUUGUUGGGGCAUAUUCGAGAAGCAUGUAUCUGGGAGCACAGCUGUUGUUUCAGGCCAGAAUAUGAAUUCAAUUCGUGAUAAAGUUGUUGAGAAGUGUAGAGGGUUACCCUUAGCAGCCAGGACUCUUGGGGGUCUUUUACGAUCUAAGCAAAGAUAUCAUGAGUGGGAAGAUAUAUUGAACAGUAAAUUAUGGGAUUUACCUAAAGAAAAUGGCAUUCUCUCUAUUUUGAGACUAAGCUAUCAUCAUCUUCCUUCACAUUUAAAAAGGUGUUUUGCUUAUUGUGCUAUUUUCCCUAAGGAUUAUGAAUUUAUGGAUGAGGAACUUAUUCUAUCAUGGAUGGCAGAAGAUCUUAUUCAACAAUCUAAAAACAAGCAUCUGGAAGACUCAGGUCGUCAAUAUUUUCGUGAUUUACUGUCGAGGUCAAUAUUUCAAUGGUCAAGUAUUAAUGGUUCAAAAUCUAUAAUGCAUAAUCUUGCCAAUGAUUUGGCUCAAUGGAUAUCGGGAGAAACAAGUUUUAGAUUGGAGGGUGAAUUCAGUAUCAUGUCAAUGAAAAGACUUGAUAGAAUUCGACAUUCUUCUUACACAUUUAGAGAUUAUGAAGUAAAAAAGAACUUUGAAGUUCUCUAUAAAGUUGAGUCCCUAAGGACAUUGCUGAGAAUAUUCUUGCCAUUGAGGUACGAAGAUAAAACUUACGUUACUAUGACCAUUUUUUCAGAUUUAUUGCCAAAACUCAAAAAAUUGAGAGCACUAUCUUUAACAAAGUAUCAUGUGAUGGAACUACCCAACUCCAUUGGAGAUCUAAGACAUCUAAGGUAUAUUAACCUUUCAAAAACUCUGAUAAAAUGUUUACCUGAGUCAACAUGUUUACUAUUCAAUUUACAAAGCUUGAUGUUAAGAAAUUGUCCUUGUCUGGAGAAGUUGCCUUCACACAUGGGAAAUUUGAUCAAUCUAUGCCAUCUUGAUAUUAGAGGGUCCAUAUUAAUAAGAGAGAUGCCAUUGGGAGUGAAAAAAUUGAAAUGUUUGAAGACACUGUCAAAUUUUAUUGUUGGUAAAGGUAUUGGAUCUAGCUUGAAGGAUUUGAAAAGCUUAAAGUUUCUUUGUGGAGAGGUCUGCAUUUCAAGUUUAGAGAAUGCAGUGGAUUGUCAAGACACAACAGAGAUGAUAUUGUGCGAGAAGGACUUAAAAGUGUUGGUACUGGAAUGGUGUUCUUCCAACCCCUCGCAAGAUGAAGCUGUGAAAGUGGUUCUUGACAUUUUACAACCUCAUAAAAAUCUUAAAGAGCUCACAAUAAAAAAUUAUGGCGGCCAAAAACUUUCAUCUUGGAUAGGAGAUCCAUCGUUCUCCAACAUGGUGGUUUUGAAAUUGGAUGGAUGUGAAAACUGCACAACCUUGCCUUCCCUAGCAUUGCUGGGCUCACUUCAGAAUCUCACAAUUAGAUUGAUGGGAAAAAUAAAAAAGAUUUGUGGUGAGAUCUAUGGAGAGGGUUGCUCAAAGUCUUUUCAAUCGUUGUGA